AUGCCCACGUCAAGUAGCAUCCUGCAGAAGUUCCUCAGCAACAGUUUGGCCUUUGGCAAGUCCACCAAACUGGCACUGGUGGUCCGGUCCGACCUCAAGAUGUCCAAGGGCAAGACGGCGGCCCAGUGCGCCCAUGCGGCGGUGAUGUGCUACCAGGGUUCCGAGCAGGGCACCAAGCUCCAAAAGGCCAUACUAGAGAGAUGGUGCCGCCUGGGACAACCGAAGAUUGUCCUUCGAGUGGACAACUUCGAGCAGUUGAACUCCCUGGAAUUGCAGGCCCAGCAGGCUAACGUGGUGGCCGCCAUGGUGCGGGAUGCCGGCCGCACCCAGCUGGAAUCGGGAACGGCCACGGUGCUCGGAUUGGGUCCUGCUCCAGCCGAGGAUCUGGACAAACUGGUGGCGCAUUUGAAGCUUUUGUGAACUCUUAGGUUUAUGCAACGUUACAAAUAAAGUACAAAUAAUCAA